GUGGACCGUCCGUGAGCCCCGUCUCUAAUCUGGGAAAAAGGGACUUUUAGCGUCUUCCUCGGCCCUGGGAGGACCAUGGCUCUCUCCAGGAUUUAUCGGGAGUCUUUGCUGGUGCUUUUACUGCAAAUCGUGCUGAUCUGCUCCGCUCAGAGGGGCCCAGUCGGUCCCAGAGGCCCCGCGGGGUCACCAGGAGCAGCCGGCGUACCCGGAGUGGAUGGCAUCGAUGGCGACAGAGGAGAGGACUCCACAGUGAACGGCGGACCAGGUCCUGAUGGAGAUAACGGCAAAGACGGAGCUCCUGGAGCUGCAGGACUUCCAGGCGCAGAUGGACCUGUUGGACCUCCUGGGGAUCCAGGCCCAGUGGGCCCACUGGGGGCAAAAGGGGAUCCUGGUCCACGUGGGCCUCCUGGGGAGCCUGGUGUGGGACCUGAUGGGCUUGACGGAAUUCCUGGUACAGAUGGGCUACCGGGUGAACUGGGAAAAGUUGGACCCCCUGGAGCGAGAGGCAAGAGGGGUCAAGUUGGUCUUCCUGGUCCUGCUGGGCCUCCGGGACCUCCAGGGGUGUAUCAAGGCGAGGACCUGUGCCCCAACGCCUGCCCCUCUUCUCUGACUGGACACUCUGGUCUCCCCGGCAUGAAAGGCCACAAAGGAGUUAAGGGUGAAUCGGGUGAGCCCGGAAGACAAGGACACAAGGGAGAGGAGGGGGAUCAAGGCCCGCCGGGAGAAGUCGGAGCACAAGGACUACCAGGCCCAGGUGGACCAAGAGGACUCCCUGGAAUAAUGGGCUCCAAAGGGGACAAGGGACCUCGUGGAAAGCCUGGUGAUGUGGGCCCUAGAGGAAUUCAGGGAUCCCCAGGUGAUCCAGGCCAAAGAGGAGCCAUUGGUGAGACCGGGCCAAGGGGAGUGGCGGGGGAUCGAGGUCCAGCAGGAAUCAGAGGUGUGCCAGGACCAAAAGGAGAGCCUGGCCUACCGGGUCCUGAUGGUCGUGAGGGAAUACCCGGGCUACCAGGAUCCAAGGGUCUUCCAGGGAAAAAUGGGGCUCCAGGUGAUGCCGGUCCACAAGGACUUCCUGGCUUGCCAGGCGCUUAUGGCCAAAAAGGACACAGUGGUGCAAAGGGAGUCACAGGUGAUCCAGGACUUGUUGGACUGAUGGGUUCUCCAGGAAAACAGGGCGAGCGUGGCGAGCAGGGAGAGGUGGGACCUGUCGGACCCAGAGGAGGACCAGGUGAACGAGGAGAAAGAGGGCCAGACGGACCUCCAGGAUCACCAGGAGCAAGGGGAAGCAAAGGGAAUCAAGGCCUCCCAGGACUUCCAGGCCCUGCUGGUUAUCGUGGACAGAAAGGAGACAGGGGUGCAGUCGGUCUCGAUGGGCCUAAGGGAGACCAGGGACCUCCAGGUGCUGAAGGAACAGCAGGAGAACAAGGGGACCUGGGUGACCAAGGAGAACCAGGAGAGAAAGGAUCGACAGGCCCACCAGGAGAGACAGGAAAUAAAGGACCUGAGGGCAGCCGUGGACUGCCAGGGAAAGAGGGCAAGCUGGGCCAACCGGGGCCACGGGGCAUGCAGGGUGACAUGGGGGUGCCGGGCCUCCCAGGAGCGCAGGGACCAGCGGGAAAAUCACCGACUGAUACACACAUCAAACAGGUCUGCAUGAGGGUAAUGCAAGAGCAGCUGGCCCAGCUAGCAGCCAGCCUGAGCAGGCCUGAGUCAGGUAUCGCUGGACUGCCCGGUCCCCCCGGACCGCCUGGACCUCCAGGCCCCACCGGCGAGAACGGUUUCCCCGGACACACUGGAUCACGAGGACUGCCUGGUCUGAAGGGUCCACCUGGGCUAAUGGGUCGCAAAGGACCCAAAGGUGACCAGGGCGACAGAGGUGACAGAGGACCCACAGCGAGAGGACCCAAAGGAGAACCAGGUGUCCCUGGUCUACCAGGUGAUCCGGGCCGACCAGCUUACGGCAAAGACGGCCGUGACGGAGAGAGGGGACCUCGCGGUGUUCCCGGUGUCGCCGGCAUUCCCGGGCCUCCUGGUCCUGCCGGUCUGAACGGUUACUGUGAGUCGUCGCAGUGCAUCCUACCAAUGGUGGCGUCACCGGUUUCAGCGAAGGACUCCAGCAUGAAGGGCCCCACUGAGAUGUGAGGAGGGCCCAGAGCUGGACUAGGAGGAGAACUGAGAGACUGGAGGAGAAACCAGAACUCCAUAGAAGAUUUGUCCAUUUGGGUUUUGUCACUUGGUUUGUAUGUUUGUCAAUUUUUUGGUUUUGAUUUGGUCAGCUCAUUUGGAUUUUUUUUUUUUACUGUUGAAGCCAUCUUUGUGGUUAUAAACUGACAUGAAGGUGGACACUGAACAACACCCAUCAGGCUUUUGAAACUCCUUCACAUAAAAAGUUUCGUUUUACCUCAAUGUUGCCAUCUCUGUACUGUAAAAUUUAAAGGAGAAGUCCGUGUUUUUUGAGAAAUUAAAAACUCACUGUAUAUGUACAAACCUACCAGACCCAUUUCUGUCCAAACAACGAGGCCAGACUUAAAAGUUUUUCUGUAUGUUUCUGUAAAUGUGUCAAUACGCAAAUUAUACUGUUGGAUAAGGUACAUUUGUUUGUGAGUAUCUUUGUUGUUUAUCCACUUAAAUCCCCACCUGUGCCUUUUCCUCUAAAUGUAGGAUAUGUUUGAUAAUUUCUCUGUCAUGACGACUGUUGUUUUUGUGAUUGGUGGGGUGGCGAUGUGUGAAAACCUCUCUGGCAGUUUUGUUUGACUUCUUAUUUAUUAUAUCAAGGUUCGACGUGACAUCUUCAAGUUGUACAAAGGAGGAAAUAAACACGUUUUGAUAA